ACCCCCUUCACACACACACAGGCACACCCCCCCCCCCACACACACACACACACACACACACACACACACACACACACACACACACACACACACACACACACACACACACACACACACACACACACACACACACACACACAAACGCACACACCAGUACAGGGACAAGGCAGAGGGUGGCUGGCUGAGUAUCAACUGGUGACUUUAUUUUCUAUUUCUCUGUAGGUCAGCUCUCUUAUGUCUUGAAGGGAUGGCUGAAGCGGCUGAAGAGGAAGAAAUUCAGUUUCUGCGCACGGACGACCAGGUAGUGUUGCAGUGCACCGCGUCCAUCCUAAAGGAGCAGAUCAAGUUGUGUUUGUCAUGCGAAGGCUUCGGAAACCGUCUCUGUUUCCUGGAGACCACCUCCAAUGCCCAGAAUGUUCCCCCAGACUUGGCCAUCUGCUGCUUCAUAUUGGAGCAGUCGCUGUCUGUACGGGCACUGCAGGAGAUGCUGUCCAACACUUCUCUGGAUGAGGCAGUUGAUUUGGACAAAUGGUCAUCACAGGGAGGGGGUCACCGAACCCUGCUGUAUGGACACGCCAUCCUGCUCAAACACACCCACUCAAGCAUGUACCUGUGCUGUUUGACCACCUCGCGUUCCCUGACCGACAAGCUGGCCUUUGAUGUGGGCCUGCAAGAGGACUCUACAGGGGAGGCGUGCUGGUGGACCAUCCACCCAGCCUCCAAGCAGAGGUCCGAGGGGGAGAAGGUCAGGGUGGGAGACGACCUCAUCCUGGUCAGUGUGUCCUCAGAGAGAUACCUGCACCUCUCCUACGCCAGUGGGGACUUGAUGGUGGACGCCUCCUUCAUGCAGACCCUGUGGACCAUGACGCCCGUCAUGUCCGGCUGUGAGCUGGCUGAAGGGUUCCUGACCGGAGGCUAUGUCCUCCGCCUGUUCCACGGACACAUGGACGAGUGUCUGGCCAUCCCCGCUGCCGACCAGGGAGACGACCAGCGCAGAGUGGCUCAUUACGAGGGCGGCGCCGUCUGCAGCCACGCCCGGUCACUAUGGCGACUAGAGCCGCUUCGCAUCGGGUGGAGCGGGGGUCACAUCAAAUGGGGCCAGUCCUUCCGUAUCCGCCACAUCACCACGGGCCGCUACCUCUGUCUGGACGAGGAGAAGGGCCUGCUGGUGGUCGACCCCGAGAAGGCCAACUCCAAGAUGUCCGCCUUCUGCUUCCGCAUCUCAAAGGAGAAGAUCGAGGUGGCUAAGAAGAGGGACGUGGAGGGCAUGGGCAUCCCGGAGAUCAAGUACGGGGAGUCCAUGUGCUUCGUCCAGCACCUCACCACUGGACUGUGGCUCACGUACGCCGCCGUGGACGCCAAGUCAGCCCGCCUCGGACCCCUGAAGAGAAAGGCCAUCCUCCACAAAGAGGGCCACAUGGACGACGCCCUGACCGUGGCUCGCUCCCAGACCGAGGAGUCACAGGCCGCCAGGAUGAUCUACAGCACCAACGGCCUCUUCAACCAGUUCAUCAAGGGUCUGGACGCUCUGAACGGGAAGAACAAGUCGGGCGGCGCGGGCUCGCUGCCCAUGGACACGGUGGUGCUCGCCCUGCAGGACCUCAUCUUCUACUUCCACCCCCCCGAGGAGGAGCUGGAGCACGAGGAGAAGCAGUCCAAGCUGCGCUCCCUGAAGAACAGACAGAACCUCUUCCAGGAGGAGGGAAUGAUCACUCUGGUUCUGGACUGUGUGGACCGCCUCAACGUCUACAACACGGCUGCACACUUUUCUGAGUUUGCUGGAGAGGAGGCUGCUGAGUCCUGGAAGGAGAUCGUUAAUCUACUGUAUGAACUGCUGGCUUCGUUGAUCAGAGGGAACCGCUCCAACUGUGCUCUUUUCUGUGACAACCUGGACUGGCUGGUCAGCAAGCUGGACCGCCUGGAGGCCUCUUCAGGAAUCCUGGAGGUGCUGUACUGCGUUCUGAUCGAGAGUCCAGAGGUUCUCAACAUCAUCCAAGAGAACCACAUCAAGUCAAUCAUCUCUCUGUUGGACAAACACGGUCGCAAUCACAAGGUGCUGGAUGUGCUGUGCUCUCUCUGUGUGUGUAACGGUGUGGCCGUGAGGUCCAAUCAGAAUCUAAUCACUGAGAAUCUGCUUCCCGGUCGCGACCUCCUCCUACAAACCAACAUCAUCAACUACGCCACAAGCAUGCGGCCAAACAUCUUCCUGGGGACGUGCGAGGGCUCCACCCAAUACAAGAAGUGGUAUUUCGAGGUGAUGGUGGACCACGUGGAGCCCUUCCUGACCGCCCAGCCGGUGCACCUGAGGGUGGGCUGGGCCCUGACGGAGGGCUACAGCCCCUACCCCGGGGGGGGAGAGGGCUGGGGAAGCAACGGCGUCGGGGACGACCUCUACUCCUACGGCUUCGACGGCCUCCACCUCUGGUCAGGCCGUGUCCCGCGGAACGUGGCCACGCCCGACCAGCACAUUCUGACCGCCGACGACGUAGUCAGCUGCUGUCUGGAUCUGAGCGUGCCCAGUAUCUCCUUCCGCAUCAACGGACACCCGGUGCAGGGAAUGUUCGAGGACUUCAACCUGGACGGACUCUUCUUCCCCGUGGUCAGCUUCUCGGCUGGUGUCAAGGUUCGCUUCCUGCUGGGCGGUCGCCACGGCGACUUCAAGUUCCUCCCGCCCCCGGGCUACGCCCCGUGCUACGAGGCGGUGUUGCCUAGAGACCGCCUGCGCAUCGAGCCCAUCAAAGAGUACAAGCAUGACUUCAACGGCGUCCGCAACCUCCUGGGGCCCACCCAGUCGCUGUCCCACACCGCCUUCACCCCCUGUCCCGUGGACACGGUGCAGAUUGUGUUGCCACCUCACCUGGAGCGCAUCCGAGAGAAGCUGGCAGAGAACAGCCACGAGCUGUGGGCGGUGACCCGCAUCGAGCAGGGGUGGACCUUCGCUGAGGUCCGCGAUGACAACAAGAAGCUGCACCCCUGUCUGGUGGACUUCCAGGGUCUCCCAGAACCCGAGAAGAACUACAACCUGGCCAUGUCUGGGGAGACACUCAAGACUCUGCUGGCGCUGGGCUGUCAUGUGGGCAUGGGCGACGAGAAGGCAGAAGAGAACCUGAAGAGGAUCAAACUACCCAAAACGUAUAUUCAGAGCAACGGGUACAAGCCCGUUCCUCUUGACCUGAACCACGUCAAGCUGACCCCCAACCAGAACACUCUGGUGGAGAGGCUGGCGGAGAACGGGCACAACGUGUGGGCCAGGGACCGUGUGCGGCAGGGCUGGACCUACAGCAUUGUACAGGACAUAUACAACAAGCGCAAUCCCCGGCUGGUCCCUUAUAACCUGCUGGAUGAGAAAACCAAGAAGACCAACCGGGACACCGUGUGUGCCGCCGUGCGCACGCUGAUCGGCUAUGGCUAUAACAUAGAGCCCCCGGACCAGGAGUGCAGUGGGCCCGGGUCUGGCGGUAACCGCGGCGAUAAGGUGAGGGUCUUCCGGGCGGAGAAGUCCUACGGGGUGACCCAGGGGAAGUGGUACUUUGAGUUUGAGGCGGUGACGGUCGGGGAGAUGAGGGUGGGCUGGGCCCGGCCCAGCGUCCGAGCCGACACCGAGCUGGGCGCAGACGAGCUGGCCUACGUCUUCAACGGCUUCAAGGCCCAGCGCUGGCACGUGGGCACCGAGCCGUUCGGGCGCCAGUGGCUGUCUGGUGACGUGGUGGGCUGCAUGAUCGACCUGACGGAGAUGAACAUCAUGUUCACCCUCAACGGGGAGAUGCUGAUCAGCGACUCGGGGUCCGAGAUGGCCUUCAAGGACAUAGAGAUAGGAGAGGGGUUCAUCCCGGUGUGCAGCCUGGGUCUGUCCCAGGUGGGCCGCAUCAACCUGGGCCAGAACGUCAGCAGCUUGCGCUACUUCACCAUCUGCGGCCUGCAGGAGGGCUUCGAACCCUUCGCCAUCAACAUGAAGCGGGACAUCACCAUGUGGUUCAGCAAGAGCCUGCCGCAGUUCAUCCCCGUGCCCACCGACCACCCCCACCUCGAGCUGUCCCGCGUGGACGGCACGGUGGAGAGCGCCCCCUGCCUGAAGCUGACCCACAAGACGUUUGGCUCCCAGAACGCGGCCACCGACCUGCUGUUCCUGCGCCUCAGCAUGCCCGUGGAGUUCCACCAGACCUACAAGGUGCGGGCCGGCACCACGCCCCUGACCCGCACGCUCACCAUCCCCGAGGACCAGGUGCUGGAGAUGGACCCCGACUCGGAGUACGAGCUGCUGAAGAAGUCGGCCACGCGGCGCGAGCAGGAGGAGGACAAGAAGGAGGCGUCGGUGCCCAAGGAGACGCCCGCGCUGAAGAACGGGGAGAACGAGAAGGACGCGUCCACCGAGAAGAGCCGCAAGAAAGGGUUCCUGUUCAAGGCCAAGAAGGCGGCGCUCAUCAACCCCCCCCCGGUGGUGCCCACCGUGCCCCGGCUGAUGGAGGACGUGGUGCCGGACGACCGGGACGACGUGGACAUCAUCCUCAACACCACCACGUACUACUACUCGGUGCGGGUGUUUGCGGGCCAGGAGGUCAGCGGUGUGUGGGUGGGCUGGAUCACCCCCGACUACCACCAACACGACGCCCACUUUGACCUCACCAAGGUCCGCAACGUGACCUUGACGGUCGGGGACGACAAGGGAAAUAUCCAUGACAGUAUAAAGCGCAGUAACUGCUACAUGGUGUGGGGAGGAGAGUUCAGCGGCUCCCAGCAGACCCGGGUCAGCCAGGAGGACUUCAUCAUCGGCUGCCUGAUCGACCUCGACACCGGCCUCAUGAACUUCACCGCAAACGGGAAGGAGAUCAACACCUUCUACCAGGUGGAGCCAAACACCAAACUCUUCCCAGCGGUCUUUGUCCUGCCAUCCAAUCAGAACGUGAUUCAAGUGGAGCUCGGCAAACUCAAGAACAUCAUGCCGAUCUCGGCGGCCAUGUUCCGCAGCGAGCGCAAGAACCCGGUCCCCCAGUGCCCGCCCCGCCUGGACGUCCAGAUGCUGACCCCCGUCAUCUGGAGCCGCAUGCCCAACCACUUCCUGGCCCCGGAGACGGGCCGCGUCAGCGAGAGGCUGGGCUGGAAGGUGGACUGCUCCGAGCCCCUCACCAUGAUGGCCCUGCACAUCCCCGAGGAGAACCGCUGCAUCGACAUCCUGGAGCUGUCGGAGCGCAUGGACCUCCUCAAGUUCCACUACCACACGCUGAAGCUGUACGACUCGGUGUGCGCGCUGGGCAACAACCGCGUGGCCCACGCGCUCUGCAGCCACGUGGACGAGUCGCAGCUCUUCUACGCCAUCGAGAACACCUACCUGCCGGGGCCGAUGCGCAGCGGCUUCUACGACCUGCUCAUCAGCAUGCACCUGGAGUCGGCCAAGAGGAACCGCCUGGGCACCAACAAGGAGUUCAUCGUGCCCAUGACGGACGCGACGCGCACCAUCACGCUGUACUCCGACCAGGACAAGUCCCACGCCCUGCCCGGGGUGGGCCUCAGCACCUGCCUGAGGCCCAAGCUGCACUUCUCGCCCACGGGCUUCGUGGGGACCAACCAGGACAUCUACACCCUGAGCCCCUUCAUCCCGCUGGAGGUGCUGAAGACCAAGGCGCUGAACAUGGUGACGGAGGCGGUGCAGGACGGGGGCCAGGCCAUGCGGGACCCCGUCGGGGGCAGCGUGGAGUUCCACUUCGUGCCCAUCCUCAAGCUGGUCAGCACCCUGCUGAUCAUGGGCGUGUUCGACGACAACGACGUCAAGCACAUCCUCAAGAUGAUCGAGCCCAGCGUGUUCAGCAGCGAGGAGCCACCGCCGCCCGCCGAGACCAAAGCUCCCACGGCGGAGAACCCCCCCAGGCUGGCCCUCAAAGCCCCGGCCAAGGAGAGAGGGGGGGAGGACGAGGAGGAGGAGGAGUACGCCACGGAGGAUGAGGAGUACGAAGAGGAAGACGAGGGAGUGGGGGAGGAGGACGAGUACGAAGGAGAGGACGAGAUGGACGAGGUGACGGAGCCCGCCGCCAAGGGGGCGAAGCAAGUGAACGGAGAGAAGGGGGCGGAGGAGACGGAGAAGGAGGGGAAGAACGGAGAGGCGGCCUGCGAGGCCAAGGAAGUGAAGGAACAAGGACUGUUCCAGAUGAAGCUCCCGGAGUCGGUUAAACUGCAGAUGUGCACUCUGCUGCAGUACUUCUGUGACUGCGAGCUGCGCCACAGGGUAGAGGCCAUCAUUGCGUUCUCGGACACGUUUGUCUCCGAGAUUCAGUCCAAUCAGAGGCAACGCUACAACGAGCUCAUGUUGGCCUUCACCAUGUCGGCCGCAGAGACUGCCCGCAAGACGCGGGAGUUCAGGUCCCCGCCACAGGAGCAGGUCAACAUGCUGAUGAACUUCAAGAACUUCACUGAGGACCAGGAUUCCCCUGUGCCAGAGGAAGUCAGAGACUCUCUGCUGGUGUUUCACAUGGACCUUCUGGCACACUGUGGCGUCCACAUCGAUGAGGAGCAGGAGGAGGAGGAGCUGGACUCCUCCGUCCGCGGCCGGCUGCUCCGCCUCCUGGAGAGGGUGCGGAAGUUCCGUGAGAAGAAGGUGGAGGCGGAGCCUGAAGUGGAGGAGGAGAAGAAACCUGGCACCCUGCAGGAGCUGGUGUCCCACACCAUGAUCCACUGGGCCCAGGAGUCCUUCAUCCAGAACCCUGAGCUGGUGCGCAUGAUGUUCAGCCUGCUCCACCGCCAGUACGACGGCCUGGGGGAGCUGAUCCGGGCCCUGCCCAAGGCCUACACCAUCAACAUGGUGUCCAUCCAGGACAUCAUGGACCUGCUGGAGUGCCUGGGUCAGAUCCGCUCGCUGCUCAUCGUGCAGAUGGGGCCCGAGGAGGAGAGGCUCAUGAUCCAGAGCAUCGGGAACAUUAUGAGCAAUAAGGUGUUCUACCAGCACCCUAACUUGAUGCGAGCCCUGGGCAUGCACGAGACCGUCAUGGAGGUCAUGGUCAACGUGCUGGGGGGCGGCGACUCAAAGGAGAUCAGGUUUCCCCGGAUGGUGACGAGCUGCUGUCGGUUCCUCUGCUACUUCUGUCGGAUCAGUCGGCAGAACCAGCGCUCCAUGUUCGACCACCUCAACUACCUUCUGCAGAACAGCGGCAUCGGCCUCGGAAUGCGCGGCUCUACCCCCCUGGAUGUGGCCGCCGCCUCCUGUAUUGACAACAAUGAGUUGGCGUUGGCCCUGCAAGAACAGGACCUUGAAAUGGUGGUCAAGUAUUUAGCAGGAUGUGGACUCCAGAGCUGCCCGAUGCUGCUGUCCAAGGGCUAUCCUGACAUCGGCUGGAACCCCUGUGGUGGAGAGAAGUACCUGGACUUCCUCCGCUUCGCCGUGUUUGUCAACGGGGAGAGCGUGGAGGAGAAUGCCAACGUGGUUGUACGGCUGCUGAUCCGUCGUCCUGAGUGCUUCGGGCCAGCCCUGAGAGGGGAGGGCGGCAACGGUCUGCUGGCCGCUAUAGAGGAGGCCAUUAAGAUAUCUGAAGACCCUGCCAGGGACGGACCUACCGUCAAGAAGGACCGACGCUUCCCCAUGUUUGGAGGAGAGGAGCAGCACGAGGAGAACAAGGUCCACCUGGGGAACGCCAUCAUGUCCUUCUACUCUGCCCUCAUUGACCUGCUGGGGCGCUGUGCUCCAGAGAUGCACUUGAUCCAGGCGGGGAAGGGAGAGGCGCUGAGGAUCAGGGCCAUCCUGAGGUCUCUGGUUCCCAUCGAGGACCUGGUGGGGGUCAUCAGCCUGUCUCUGCAGAUCCCCUCCUUUGGAAAAGACAACACCAUCAUCGAGCCCAAGAUGUCGGCCAGCUUCGUGCCGGACCACAAGGCCCCCAUGGUGCUGUUCCUGGACAGAGUGUACGGCAUCGAAAACCAGGACUUCCUGCUCCACGUGCUGGAGGUGGGCUUCCUGCCCGACAUGAGGGCGGCUGCCUCCCUGGACACGGCGGCGUUCUGCACCACCGAGAUGUCCCUGGCUCUGAACCGCUACCUGUGCUCGGCCGUGCUGCCGCUCAUCACCAAGUGUGCGCCUCUGUUCGCCGGCAGCGACCACCGGGCCAUCAUGAUCGACUCCAUGCUGCACACCAUCUACCGGCUGUCCCGCGGCCGGGCCUUCACCAAGGCCCAGAGGGACAUCAUCGAGGAGUGCCUCAUGGCCCUCUGCAAACAUCUUCGUCCCUCUAUGCUCCAGCAUCUGCUCAGACGGCUGGUAUUCGACGUUCCAAUACUCAACGAGUACGCCAAAAUGCCACUGAAGCUCUUGACCAAUCACUAUGAGCGUUGCUGGAAGUACUACUGCCUACCAAACGGCUGGGGCAACUUUGGCGUCGCUUCAGAGGAGGAACUGCAUCUGACCCGCAAGCUGUUCUGGGGGAUCUUUGAGUCCCUUGCACACAAAAAGUUUGAUGCUGAGAUCUUUAAGAUCUCCAUGCCGUGUAUCUGCGCCAUCGCCGGGGCCAUCCCCCCGGACUACGUGGACGCCACCUACUCCUCCAAGACGGAGAAGAAGGCCUCCGUGGACGCAGAGGGGAACUUCGACCCCAAACCAGUGGAGACCACCAACACUAUCAUUCCCGAGAGAUUGGAUUUUUUCAUUAACAAAUACGCUGAACACACCCAUGAUAAAUGGGCUUCUGAGAAGAUCCAGAACAACUGGUCGUACGGGGAGGUACUGGAUGAGAAUGCAAAGACACAUCCCAUGCUGAGACCCUACAAGACCUUCUCAGAGAAGGACAAAGAGAUCUACCGCUGGCCAAUCAAAGAGUCCAUCAAAGCCAUGCUGGCGUGGGAGUGGACCAUCGACAAGGCCCGGGAGGAGGAGGAGACGGAGAAGAAGAAGACGGCCUCUAGAAAGAUCUCCCAGACCGCCCAGGCGACGUACGACCCAAGCCACGGCUACAGCCCUCAGCCAAUUGAGAUCUCACACAUGGCUCUGUCCAGGGAUCUGCAGUCGAUGGCAGAACAGCUGGCAGAGAACUACCACAACACGUGGGGACGCAAGAAAAAGAUGGAGCUAACGUCCAAAGGAGGCGGGACUCAUCCUCUGCUGGUGCCCUAUGACACACUGACGGCCAAGGAGAAGGCCAGAGACCGAGAGAAGGCCCACGAGCUGCUCAAGUUCCUUCAGCUCAACGGCUACGCCGUCACCAGGGGUCUGAAGGACAUGGAGUCGGACAUCUCGUCCAUAGAGAAGAGGUUUGCGUAUGGCUUCCUGCAGAAGCUGCUCAAGUGGAUGGAGAUCGCACAGGAGUUCAUCGCUCAUCUGGAGGCUGUGGUAAGCAGUGGGCGUGUGGAGAAGUCCCCACAUGAACAGGAAAUCAAGUUCUUUGCCAAGAUCCUGUUGCCUCUGAUCAACCAGUACUUCAAGAACCACUGUCUCUACUUCCUGUCUACACCCGCCAAAGUUCUGGGCAGCGGUGGACACUCCUCCAAUAAGGAGAAGGAGAUGAUAGCCAGUAUAUUCUGUAAAAUGGCUGCUCUGGUGAGACAUAGAGUGUCUCUCUUCGGAACUGACGCGCCGGCCAUUGUGAACUGUCUCCACAUCCUGGCACGUUCACUGGACGCAAGGACUGUGAUGAAGUCGGGGCCUGAGAUUGUAAAGGCGGGGUUGCGUUCCUUCUUCGAGGGCGCUGCGGAUGAUAUUGAAAAAAUGGUGGAAAACCUAAAACUGGGAAAAGUAUCAAAGGGCAACCAGCAAGUGAAGGGCGUGUCCCAGAACAUCAACUACACCACCAUCGCCCUGCUCCCCGUGCUGACCUCCCUGUUCGACCACAUCGCUCAGCACCAGUUCGGAGACGACGUCAUGUUGGAUGAUCUGCAGAUGUCCUGCUACCGCAUCAUGUGCUCUAUCUACUCCCUGGGCACCGUCAAGAACCCACACGUCGAGAGGCAGAGGCCCGCCCUGGGGGAGUGUCUGGCCCACCUGGCGGCGGCCAUGCCGGUGGCCUACAUGGAGCCCAACCUCAACGAGUACAACGCCUUCUCCGUCUACACCACCAAGACGCCGCGGGAGAGGGCCAUCCUGGGUCUCCCCAGUGAGGUCCAUGAGCUGUGUCCGGACAUCCCCCAGCUGGACUUCCUGCUGAAAGACAUCGGGGAGCUGGCGGAGUCGGGGGCCCGCUACACGGAGAUGCCCCACGUGAUCGAGAUCACCCUGCCCAUGCUGUGCAACUACCUGCCCCGCUGGUGGGAGAGGGGGCUGGAGAACUUCCCCGAGCAGGAGAACCAGCUGUGCACGGAGGUCACCUCGGAGCACCUCAACCAGCUGCUGGGCAGCAUCAUGAAGAUCGUGGUCAACAACCUGGGCAUCGACGAGGCCUCCUGGAUGAAGAGGCUGGCGGUGUUCUCCCAGCCCAUCGUGAGCAGGGCCAAGCCCGAGAUGCUCAAGUCCCACUUCAUCCCCACCAUGGAGAAGCUGAAGAAGCGCACGGGCAAGGUGGUGGCGGAGGAGGAGCACCUCCGCAUGGAGGGGCGGUCGGAGGGCGACGAGGAGGACGGCACCAUCCGGGACGAGUUCGCCGUGCUCUGCAGGGACCUGUACGCCCUGUACCCGCUGCUCAUCCGCUACGUGGACAACAACAGGGCCCGCUGGUUGACCUGUCCCGACCCCGACGCAGAGGAGCUGUUCAGGAUGGUUGGAGAGGUCUUCAUAUUCUGGUCCAAGUCUCACAACUUCAAGCGAGAGGAGCAGAACUUUGUGGUGAUGAACGAGAUCAACAACAUGUCGUUCCUCACCGCCGACAGCAAGAGCAAGAUGAGCAAGGGCGGAGACUCAGAGGGAGGGGGAUCGGACGCGGAGCGUACCAAGAAGAAGAAGCGGGGGGACCGCUACUCGGUGCAGACGUCUCUGAUCGUGGCGGCGCUGAAGAAGAUGCUGCCCAUCGGCCUGAACAUGUGCUCCCCGGCCGACCAGGAGCUCAUCAACAUGGCCAAGAUACGAUACUCUCUGAGAGACACGGAUGAGGAGGUCCGAGAGUUUCUGCUCAACAACCUGCACUUCCAGGGGAAGGUGGACAACCCGUCCAUGCGCUGGCAGAUGACGCUGUACAAGGAGAUGGCCGGGAAGGCGGAGGACGCUGACGCCCCCGACAAGGUGGUGAAGAGGGUGCAGGAGGUCUCUGCUGUCCUCUACCAUCUGGAGCUGACGGAGCACCCGCUAAAGUCCAAGAACAUGGUGUGGCACAAGCUGCUGUCCAAGCAGCGGCGCCGGGCUGUGGUGGCCUGCUUCAGGAUGACCCCCCUGUACAACCUCCCAAGGCACAGAGCUUCCAACAUGUUCCUGGAAGGCUACAAGAGGAACUGGAUCCAUACGGAGGGAUACUCCUUUGAAGACCGCAUGAUUGAUGAUCUUUCUAAAGCCAUGGAGCAGGAGGAAGGAGAAGAGGAAGAGGAGAAAGAGGCCAAGCCGGAUCCGCUUCAUCAGCUCAUUCUGCAUUUUAGUCGAACCGCUCUGACAGAAAAGAGUAAACUUGAUACAGAUCACCUCUAUAUGGCAUAUGCCGAUAUCAUGGCAAAGAGCUGCCACCUAGAGGAGGAGGACGAGGAGGAGGAGGAGGAGGAGGAUGUGGGGCAGGAUGAGAUGUCCUUUGAGGUGCGACAGUCAGAGCUGGAAAAGGAAAUGGAGAAGCAGAGACUGCUGUACCAACAGUCUCGCCUCCACAACCGCGGCGCUGCCGAGAUGGUCCUGCAGAUGAUCAGUGCCUGCAAAGGUGAAACGGGCCCUAUGGUGUCCUCGACCCUAAAGCUGGGCAUCUCAAUCCUCAACGGAGGCAACUGUGAGGUCCAGCAGAAAAUGCUGGAGUAUUUGAGGGAUAAAAAGGAUGUAGGAUUCUUCCUGAGCGUCCAGGCACUGAUGCAAACGUGCAGUGUCCUGGAUCUGAACGCCUUUGAGAGGCAGAACAAGGCAGAGGGUCUUGGCAUGGUCUCAGAGGAAGGAACGAGUGAGAAAGUCAUGGCGGACGAUGAGUUCACAUGUGAUCUCUUCCGCUUCCUGCAGCUGCUGUGUGAAGGACACAAUAACGGUGAGAAUGAAAGGAUUAGAAGAAGACAAGUACCACCUGAAUCUGAAAGAGUAAAACACAGUUUUGAUUUUGCGCAACUGAAUCUCUACUCGGCUGCAGAUUUCCAGAACUACUUGCGUACGCAGACAGGAAGCACCACCACCAUCAACGUCAUCAUCUGCACCGUGGAUUAUCUGCUGCGCUUACAGGAGUCCAUCAGCGACUUCUAUUGGUACUACUCUGGCAAGGAGAUCAUCGAUGAGCCGGGCAAGAAGAACUUCUCCAAAGCCAUGAUAGUGGCCAAGCAGAUCUUCAACAGUCUCACUGAGUACAUCCAGGGUCCGUGCACGGGGAACCAGCAGUCCCUGGCCCACAGCCGGCUCUGGGACGCCGUGGUGGGCUUCCUGCACGUCUUUGCCCACAUGAUGAUGAAGUUGGCGCAGGACUCCAGUCAGAUCGGCUUACUGAAGGAGCUCCUGGAUCUUCAGAAAGAUAUGGUCGUCAUGCUGCUUUCCUUGUUAGAAGGAAACAUCGUGAAUGGCAUGAUUGCCCGCCAGAUGGUGGACAUGCUGGUGGAGUCCUCCAGCAACGUGGAGAUCAUCCUCAAGUUCUUCGACAUGUUCCUGAAGCUGAAGGACAUCGUGGCAUCGGACGCCUUCCGUGACUACGUCACCGACCCGCGCGGCCUCAUCUCCAAGAAGGACUUCCAGAAGUCCAUGGACAGCCAGAAGCAGUACGCGCCCUCCGAGAUCCAGUUCCUGCUGUCCUGCUCGGAAGCCGACGAGAACGACAUGAUCAACUACGACGAGUUCGCCAACCGCUUCCAGGAGCCCGCCAAGGACAUCGGCUUCAACAUCGCCGUGCUGCUCACCAACCUGUCGGAGCACGUGCCGCACGACGCGCGGCUCAAGAACUUCCUGGCGCAGGCCGAGAGCGUCCUCAACUACUUCCGGCCCUUCCUGGGCCGCAUCGAGAUCAUGGGCGCCAGCCGCAAGAUCGAGCGCAUCUACUUUGAGAUCAGCGAGGUGAACCGCAAGCAGUGGGAGAUGCCGCAGGUCCGGGAGUCCAAGCGGCAGUUCAUCUUCGACGUGGUGAACGAGGGCGGUGAGUCGGAGAAGAUGGAGAUGUUUGUGAACUUCUGCGAGGACACCAUCUUUGAGAUGAACAUCGCCUCGCAGAUCUCGGAGCAGGAGGAGGAGGAGAAGGGGGAGGACGACGACGACGAGGUCCCCGAGGGGGCCGGGGACGGGGCGGCGGCGGCGGCCGGGGAAGGGGGCGGCGGAGGGGGCGACGAGGAGCUCACCGGAGAGGAGGCGCCGCCCGAGUCGAGCUCGGCCUUCGGCGACUUCAUCAACAGCGUGCUGGGCUUCCUGGCCAUCUUCACCUUCCGCAACCUGCGGCGGCAGUACCGCCGCGUGCGGAGGAUGACGGUGAAGGAGAUCGUGGUGGCCCUGACCGUGUUCUUCUGGACCGUCCUGGUCAGCAUCCUGCACUUCAUCUACAGCGUGUGCAAGGGCUUCUUCAUGCUCAUCUGGCACGCGCUGUUCGGCGGCGGCCUGGUGGAGGGCGCCAAGAACAUCACCGUGACGGAGAUCCUGGCCAGCAUGCCGGACCCCACCCAGGACGACGUGCACGCCGACCUGCCCGGGGAGCCGGGGGGCGGGGAGGUGCAGGACGCGGGCGGGCUGACGGACACGGGGGACGCGGGCACCGGGGACGAGGAGGAGGACGACUCGGGGGACAUGGAGGGGGGCAGGGUGGCGGGCGCGGACGCCCCGGGCGGGCUGGGCGACAUGGGGCUGGAGGCGGCCGUGGAUCCGCCCACACCGGAGGGGACCCCCAUCACCAGGAGGAAGAAGGCCCCAGCGGAGGCUGACGCCGGGCCGGUUCUCCCCGAGCCCCCAGCACCCGUCCCGGAGCCCGAGAAAGCAGAUGUUGAAAAUGGAGAGAAGGCAGAACCCAAAGAGGAGGAGAAACGCCCGCGACCGAAGAAGGCGGUGGCCAAGAAGGAGAAGCCCAGGAGAGAGGGCGGCUUCCAGAUCUGGACGGAGCUGGACAACCAGAGGAACAAGUUCAUGAAUUACCUCUCCAGGAACUUCUACAACCUCCGCUUCCUAGCUCUGUUCCUGGCCUUCGCGCUGAACUUCAUUCUGCUGUUCUACAAAGUGUCCGACGGCCCUCUCGGCGCCGAGGACGAGAUGGAAGCCUCCGGAAUGUUCGAGGGCAGCGCCAUGUUGGAGGGUUCCGGGCUGUUUGAAGGUUCCGGGGAGGAGGCGGAGGGGUCCGGGAUGGGCGAAGGAGCGGAGGAGGAGGAGGAGGAGGAGGAGCCGGGGCCGGUGUACUUCUUCCUGGAGGAGAGCACCGGGUACAUGCAGCCCACCAUGUCCUUCCUGUCCGUGCUGCACACCGUCAUCUCCUUCAUCUGCAUCAUCGGCUACAACUGCCUCAAGAUCCCCCUGGUGAUCUUCAAGAGGGAGAAGGAGCUGGCCAGGAAGCUGGAGUUUGACGGAAUGUACAUCACAGAGCAGCCGGAGGACGACGACAUCAAGGGCCAGUGGGACCGCCUGGUCCUCAACACGCCCUCUUUUCCAAACAACUACUGGGACAAGUUUGUCAAGAGAAAGGUCCUGGAUAAGUACGGGGACAUCUACGGCCGGGAGCGCAUCGCCGAGCUGCUGGGGGUGGACCUGGCCUCGCUGGACGUCAGCAAGGAGCACGAGAAGAGGACUGAGGAGCCCGACAACUCCAUGUUCACCUGGGCUACCCAGUCCGACCUCAAGUACCAGAUCUGGAAGUUUGGGGUUAUUUUUACCGAUGGUACCUUCCUGUACCUGUGCUGGUACCUCAUCAUGUCCCUGCUGGGACACUACAACAACUUCUUCUUCGCCUGCCACCUGCUGGACAUCGCCAUGGGCGUCAAGACACUGCGCACCAUCCUCUCCUCCGUCACCCACAACGGCAAACAGCUCAUGAUGACGGUGGGUCUCCUGGCCGUGGUGGUCUACCUCUACACCGUGGUGGCCUUCAACUUCUUCAGGAAGUUCUACAACAAAGGGGAGGAAGGGGAGGAGCCCAACAUGAAGUGUGACGACAUGAUGACCUGCUACCUGUUCCACAUGUACGUGGGCGUGCGAGCGGGCGGUGGUAUCGGGGAUGAGAUCGAGGACCCCGCGGGCGACGACUACGAGAUUUACCGGGUGGUCUUCGACAUCACCUUCUUCUUCUUCGUCAUCGUCAUCCUGCUCGCCAUCAUCCAAGGUCUGAUCAUCGACGCGUUUGGAGAACUCAGGGAUCAACAAGAGCAGGUUAAAGAAGACAUGGAGACCAAGUGCUUCAUCUGCGGCAUCGGCAGCGACUACUUCGACACGACGCCGCACGGCUUCGAGACGCACACCUUUGACGAGCACAACCUGGCCAACUACAUGUUCUUCCUCAUGUACCUCAUCAACAAAGACGAGACGGAGCACACUGGCCAGGAGUCGUAUGUGUGGAAGAUGUACCAGGAGCGAAGCUGGGACUUCUACCCUGCUGGGGACUGCUUCAGGAAGCAGUAUGAGGACCUGCUUUCCUAGUGACCCCCACAACCACCAGAUCCCUUUACCAACCGCUGCCUCAGCAGGAAGACGCCGCUGCUGAGCGGGAACGAUAUGAUCAAGAUUCAUACGCAACUACUAGUAGUUGUACAGAAGGGUGUGUAGUUAUACACAGCUACCUGUUGUUACAUAUAUACCAGUACCUGUUAUAGCGGUUGUGCAGAUGACCGCGUGGUGAUGUAUUGGCUGGCAAAACACUGGUUAUCAACAAAGCACCUCGACCGAUCUCCACUAGCAGCCGACUGUAUCCGUGCUUCGCAUCGUGAUGCGCUUACAAAAGACGGUUAAAAAAACAAUUUCUGGGAAUGGUAAACUGCUACCGUUUGCUCACAAUCUUUGCUGUCCAGUGGGUAAAUUAAAUCGUUACGAUCACUUGACCUGCGAGACCUCUCCUUACAAACACUGCUUGUUCUGGGUGUCAUGAUACUCAGCCUCCCCCCAGUUGGAAGCUGCGUCGUUCAAGUAUGUUUUAUAAAGAAUACUAUGGCUGUGUUAUAAAGUUUUAAAUCUUUGUACAAUCUUUAAAGGGGGAAAUCUCCUAAAUGAGUAGCAACAUGAUGUUAGUGUAGCUCAGUUACAGUACCAUGUUCGCUUCUUGUUCUCCAAUGCAACAAACAUUUCUAUUGUCAAUCCAAAACACAUGCAGUAAUCAUGUUGUAAUUGUAAUUUUCCUUCUACCAAGUGAUCCAGCUGUAGGAGUCAAAUGUUUGAUUUUAAUUUAUUUUAUUUUAUUUAGUCUGUGUUCAUUGCUAUUUAUUGUGAAGGCAUAAAAUAUAUCGUUGUCUUGAUUAAAAUGUGAUUAAAGUUAAAUAAAUCAAAAUUGGAUCAAAGUGCCUCCAUCCCUUUAAUAGUGACGCACGGUAUGCUUCUGUUUAUUUCAAAACAUUUCUUUGGCUGAAAGAAUUUCAAGAAAGGAUUGAAUCGUUCUGUCCAAACAUGUGCGUGCGUGCAUGCAUGUGUGUGCAUGUGUGUGUGUUUCUGUGUGCAUGUGAUGAAGAGUAAGACAUCACAACAUAAGAGAUAUUUUCUUUGUAUACCACAUAAUGCUAUAUUGUAAACUGGGUGAAGCCAGAUUUCAAGGAUAACCUCCUGUGUUAUGAUGCGUUUAACCUGAGAGCCGUUUUACAUAACCUUGACCACCAAUAAAUAUGUUUUCUUUGAAUAGAUGAUCUUAUAAUUUGUUACGGUGAUUAUAAACAUUAGUAUUGCACUGUUUGGAAAAAAGUAAUGGUGUGCCAUUAUUUCUAUCAAAUAUGUAGGCCUACAGUAAAUAUUGUGCUGAAAUAUGUUUUAAAUGAAAACACAGUUGCAGCUGAAUUACUGAACUAUUUUCAUUCUUGUAUUUAUGGUUAAUUUGUGUGUUUCUAAGUUUAGACUGAAAUGUAAGUAGUUGUGGAAUAAAUGUGUUAGUUAAUGCUUUUAA